AUGGGCCUACCAGACAGCCUUCAAGACACCUUUGGGAAUGUCCCCCUACCGUCUUGUUUUUGGCAAGGCAUGCCAUUUACCAUUAGAAUUGGAGCACAAGGCUUAUUGGCAACAAAGAAGCUCAACAUGGAUCUACAAGCUGCUGGGCAAGCAAGGUUGCUGCAAUUAGAUGAGUUGGAAGAGAUGCGGAUGUUCUCGUAUGAGAACGCAAAGUUGUACAAAGAAAAGACUAAAAGAUGGCAUGACAAGAGGAUCAAACCGAGGGAAUUUGAACCAGGACAACAAGUGCUGCUAUAUAAUUCAAGGUUGAAAUUAUUCCCAGGCAAACUCAAAUCCAGAUGGUCAGGACCAUUCACAGUAGCCGCGGUUUUUCCACAUGGAGCUGUGGAGUUACAAGAGGAGAAAUCCGGGAGAAAGUUCUUGGUAAACGGACAACGUGUCAAGCAUUAUUGGGGAGGACCUAUGGAACGUUCCAAGACCUCUGUCACAUUGAGCGAUGAUUAA